AAACGAGCCGAGUUUUCAGCCGCUUGCCUCGGAUCUCGACAACUUCGAACGGCGCGCUCUGCUUCAUCUCAGCCAAUCAGCGCAAUCGCGCAAGGCAACAUGGGAUCCGUUUUCUUAGUUCAAACGUCAGGCGUUACGUCAUAUUUCAGAGACCAAGACCCAAUAACUCGUCGUCCGUUAGAAUUAUUUUGCAGUCUGGAGUGCAAGGCAUGCUGGGAGUUGUAGUUUUUUUCCUUGCCCGGUUCUUCGGACCUCUCAAUAGGCCAGUUAGAGAAAGGAGAGCGAAAAGAUUGUCCGAUUUGUCCUCAAGCGACGCAACCUGCGACAUGCUGCGGCUAUGCUGGAGCCCCGAAGCUGACUUCAGCAACAGACACACAGCAAAAUGAAUGAUCCAGCCAUCAAAAGGAUAGCAACUGAUAUUAUCAAAUCACCUGAGGAUAAACGAGAAUAUCGUGGGCUAGAACUUGCAAAUGGCAUCAGGGCAAUGCUUAUCAGUGACCCCACUACAGACAAGUCUUCAGCUGCACUUGAUGUACACAUAGGGUCACUGUCAGAUCCACCUAAUAUUGCGGGAUUAAGUCACUUCUGUGAACAUAUGCUGUUCUUGGGAACAAAAAAAUACCCCAAAGAAAAUGAAUACAGCCAGUUUCUGAGUGAACAUGCAGGGAGUUCAAAUGCUUUUACCAGUGGAGAACAUACCAACUAUUACUUUGAUGUUUCACAUGAACACCUCGAAGGCGCCCUGGACAGGUUUGCCCAGUUUUUCUUGUGCCCUCUCUUUGAUGAAAGCUGCAAAGACCGAGAAGUAAAUGCUGUUGAUUCUGAGCAUGAGAAGAAUUUAAUGAAUGAUGCUUGGAGACUCUUUCAGCUGGAAAAGGCUACUGGAAACCCCAAUCACCCUUUCAGCAAAUUUGGAACAGGAAACAAAUUCACUUUGGAAACAAGACCAAACCAAGAAGGAAUAGAUGUCAGACAAGAGCUAUUGAAGUUUCACUCCACAUAUUAUUCGUCAAAUUUAAUGGCUGUCUGUGUUCUAGGACGAGAACCUCUUGAUGAGUUGACCAACUUGAUAGUAAAACUGUUCUCUGAAGUAGAAAACAAAAAUGUUCCAUUACCAGAAUUCCCUGAACAUCCAUUCCAGGAAGAACAUCUUCGGCAACUUUACAAAGUGGUACCUAUUAAAGACAUCAGAAAUCUUUAUGUCACAUUUCCAAUACCAGACCUUCAGAAGUACUAUAAGUCAAACCCUGGUCAUUAUCUUGGUCAUCUUAUUGGGCAUGAAGGUCCAGGAAGUCUUUUAUCAGAACUCAAAGCUAAAGGAUGGGUAAAUACACUGGUUGGAGGACAAAAAGAAGGUGCUAGAGGUUUCAUGUUUUUCAUCAUUAAUGUCGACCUCACUGAAGAAGGACUUUUACAUGUGGAUGACAUUAUUUUGCACAUGUUCCAGUAUAUACAAAAGUUGCGAACAGAAGGACCCCAAGAGUGGGUUUUCCAGGAAUGUAAGGAUCUAAAUGCUGUAGCCUUCAGAUUUAAAGAUAAGGAAAGGCCCCGAGGUUACACAUCAAAACUGGCAGGGAUGCUGCAUUACUAUCCUAUAGAAGAAGUUCUUGCUGCUGAGUAUUUAUUAGAAGAGUUUAGGCCUGAUUUAAUAGAAAUGGUGCUGGAUAAACUGAGACCUGAAAAUGUCCGGGUUGCAAUAGUUUCUAAGACUUUUGAAGGAAAAACUGAUAGAACGGAACAGUGGUACGGAACCCAAUACAAGCAAGAAGCAAUUUCUGAUGAAGUCGUUAAGAAAUGGCAAAAUGCUGACCUUAAUGGGAAAUUCAAGCUCCCAAUGAAGAAUGAAUUUAUUCCUACGAACUUUGAGAUUGUGCCGCUGGAAAAGGAUGCGCCACAGUACCCUACUCUUAUUAAAGACACUGCCAUGAGCAAGCUGUGGUUCAAGCAAGAUGACAAAUUUUUCCUACCUAAAGCUUGUCUCAACUUCGAAUUUUUCAGCCCAUUUGCUUACGUGGAUCCCUUGCAUUGUAACAUGGCCUAUUUGUACCUUGAGCUACUCAAAGACUCCCUCAACGAGUAUGCAUAUGCAGCAGAACUAGCUGGCUUGAACUAUGAUCUCCAAAAUACCAUCUAUGGGAUGUAUCUUUCUGUAAAAGGUUACAAUGACAAGCAGCAUAUCUUGCUAAAGAAGAUUAUUGAAAAAAUGGCCACCUUUGAGAUUGAUGAGAAAAGAUUUGAAAUCAUCAAGGAAGCGUACAUGCGAUCACUCAACAACUUCCGAGCUGAACAGCCGCACCAGCAUGCUAUGUAUUACCUCCGACUAUUAAUGACAGAAGUUGCUUGGACCAAAGAUGAAUUAAAAGAAGCUUUAGAUGAUGUCACUCUUCCCCGCCUCAAGGCCUUUAUAUCGCAGCUGUUGUCACGGUUACACAUUGAAGCACUUCUCCAUGGCAAUAUAACAAAACAGGCUGCAUUAGGAAUUAUGCAAAUGGUAGAAGACACUCUCAUUGAGCAUGCUCAUACAAAGCCUCUGCUUCCCAGCCAGCUAGUGAGAUACAGAGAAGUACAGCUGCCCGACCGGGGUUGGUUCGUCUAUCAACAGAGGAACGAAGUUCAUAAUAAUUGUGGUAUAGAAAUAUAUUAUCAAACAGAUAUGCAAAGCACCUCAGAGAACAUGUUUCUGGAGCUCUUCUGUCAAAUUAUCUCUGAGCCUUGCUUCAACACUCUGCGCACUAAGGAACAGUUAGGUUACAUUGUGUUCAGUGGUCCACGCAGGGCUAAUGGUAUCCAAGGACUGCGAUUUAUCAUCCAGUCAGAAAAGCCUCCUCACUACUUAGAGAGCAGGGUUGAAGCUUUUUUAAAAACUAUGGAAAAAUGUAUAGAGGAAAUGUCUGAGGAAGCUUUCCAGAAGCACAUCCAGGCUUUAGCCAUUCGCCGUCUAGACAAACCAAAGAAGCUGUCUGCUGAAUGUGCAAAAUACUGGGGAGAAAUAAUUUCCCAGCAAUAUAACUUUGACAGAGAUAAUGUUGAAGUGGCAUAUCUUAAAACUCUCACUAAGGAUGAUAUCAUGCACUUUUACAAGGGGAUGUUGGCUGUAGAAGCCCCAAGAAGACAUAAAGUGUCAGUACAUGUACUAGCAAGGGAAAUGGAUUCCUGCCCAGUUGUGGGAGAAUUUCCAUGCCAAAAUGAUGUCAAUCUGGCACCAGCACCACCACUGCCACAGCCAGACGUGAUUCAAAACAUGACAGAGUUCAAGCGCAGCCUGCCACUCUUUCCCCUGGUGAAACCACAUAUCAAUUUCAUGGCUGCAAAACUGUGAAGACUCUUGAGUGAAGAACUAGAAGCGGAUCAGUACUUGUGUGACUUCAGUGGGUUUUGAAAUGAACAAACAUAACAACAAACAAUCCUGUCUGUUAUGAGGCUCUGAUUCCUUCUAGGUUCAUUCAGCAUUAAUGAUGUGAUAGGGAUACAGCAAUUAGACAAAUAGGCUGUAGUCAUGUGUCACUUUUAUUAUAGAGCCACUCUUGGAAAUCAAAAUCAAGUGGUAUAUUCAAAGGUCUUUGUAGGUAUGGUAUAUUUUACAAUAGUGUGUCUCUUUUAAAGGUUUUGUUUUGCAUAAUGGAAUAUGAAGAAGCUUUCUGAACAAACACGUUACUUAAAAUGUUUUUCUUAUGGAAGGUCAUAAGAUUAAACCUCUGGGGAGAUGUUUUAUUUGAUGUGGAAGAACAAAAUGUUAUUAAAAAGCAUGUGUUGACUUUCUUGCAGGAAGAGUAUUGAAUGAUACGUUCUAAAAACUGAUUGUCAGUGAAACCAACCAUCUAGGUUUUAUGUGGAUCAGUGGAAAUAAGAGAAUUUAGCAACAAAUAUCAGAGAUGGAAGAAGAGUUUGAUAAAUAUAUUGAGAUGGUUUUAAUCUUUAUACGCAUUUGAAGACAUUUUAUAUUCAGACUAGUAAAAUGCUGGAAACACUUGAGUAGCCAUUUUUUUCUUAUCAAGAGUGUUAGUUUGUUUAUAAACCUUUCAUUUUCUCAGGGUUGCUCUGAAAAUGUUUCCUUUCAUCUGCAUAAAUGAAAUAAUUGUAAACAUUUUUUCCCAUUUUUCAUGUACAGUUUUUAGAUAGGCCAUCAGACUCUGUUUAGGGUAUGACUACAAAAGGCUAUUGGUGACUACUAAAAGACAUUCAACACGAAAAUGAAACUGAUAGGUGCAGCCAGUUCCCUACACAUAUUUACUAAGAAAUAAGUCUUUCUGUGUUCACUGGGACAUAAUCUCAAGCAAAUGUGUAUUGGAUUUCAUCCUUACUGUGCCCAGCGAAAAUAUGUCUUUAUCUCUCUAAUUUGCCAUUGGAAUGUCCAAGACUGGAUGACAUAGCUAACAUCAGUCUUAGAAGCUACGUAGCUUUAAACAGGUGAUACCAUAUCUUGACCUGCUCUUACCAGCAUUUAAAGAGCUAGAUGCAGACUUUCAGAAUUCUUCCUCAAGUUUUAGAUUUUACAGUGGCAAGAAAAGAAAAACUAUUUGAUGGUACAUUGUUAAACUAAGGCCGGAUUUAAAUGUGAUUCCGUGGCCCAGAAGCACACCCUUGGGAGUCUUUGCAUUCGCAUAGUGUCUCAUUUAAACUGGGCUGUUACCCAUGCAGAACAGCUACAUGACAAGUCAUGUGAGUGCAGAGUCCCACAGAAGAGUAAUGUUUACUCAACCAAUUCAGCAACUAAACAUCAGCCUAACCAACUCAGCAUCAAAUUGGGCAUGGCCAAGGCAGAAUUCUGUAUGCUUAACAGGAUUGUUUGCCGCAUUUUAAACACUACAACAUCACCAAGAAAACCGUUACCGACUAACUAAUCAAUUAUGAAAGAAUAUUGAACACGUUAUGUGCAAAAUUAUGAAAUUUACUCACACAAUAUUGAUAUCAAAAAGUCGUUCUAGCCACUUCUAUUUGAACAACUAUAACAGUAUGUAUAUUUUCAAUCCAAUAAGAAACCUCAAAGGGGCGGUAGAACAUUCACAGUGAGCCCCUAUUGUUUGCAGAAACAUCCAAACUUAUCAACGAGCUACAAGAGCCUCUGUGCAAUUUCAUACAGUUUCAUACAAUUUCAUACAGAAUUCAAUAUGUACAAAGCACCUAUAAGUUGCCCAAGUCAAUUUUUAACACAAAAUCAACUGGUAAAUUCAAAAAGACAGUUUUCAAAAUUGUAACUGAACGGGUCAGCCAGCAAGAGGUCCCGUUUCCGGUAUCCCCUUCUUCAGAGCAGUUACAAAUACAGCGCGUCAAACAACACUUCUAUCAUAAUUACAACUCGCUCACCGGCGUGUGUGAAAGAAAGGGGGUGACCCUUUCCCUAAAAAAUCGCAUUUUAAACACUGCCUUAAAGUUUAUCUUUUACUUUGUAUCAUUUUUAUUCAGCAUUUCAGGUAUCUGAUAUGCUGUAAUAGCACAACGGCCUACUCUGUUCAGGAUAAAAUACAACAAACGUACGCCUGCUGAGUUCUAGGAAAAACAGCACAAAGCAGACAUAUUUUAUAUGUAUAAUAAAAAGGCAGGAAAUAUGGAAUGAUUAUACAAAGUUUUAGCUUGUUUAGUCUUCAACCUAUUGAUUUUAGUGGGCUUCUGCCACUAAAAGCACAUAGAGCAUACCUUUCAAAUAUUUACUGUUUUAUUAUGUUCAUUAGGCAGAUUCAAAGUAUAGAAUAUUUAAAAUGGAGGGUUCAGACACUACAACUGAAAUCUUAAGUGAAGUUCCACUCUUGACUUCAGUGGACUCAGAAGGGUGUAACUCUUCUUUGGUUUACACUGUAAAAGAACCCAAUUCUAGACAUCGGAAAAUCUCAACAAAUGUUGGUGCCUCUUAACUGAGAAAACUGAUCCACAAAAUACUAACCUUAUUCAGAGCCUUGAUUGCUAAGGUUUACCAUCUGGUGCUUUGGGUAUCCCCCAUCCAUGUUAUUUGUUACGACUGAUGCCAUCUGACAUUGAUUGUCAGAGUCUGGUCUGCUUUGGAUGAAAUCGAUUGUUGCAUCUACCUGGAGAGAAAGUAUAUAACAAUGAUAGAUUGUUUACAUUAAUUAAUAAACUAGGAAAUAAACUAUUAACCUUGGGCCAUUGAGUUAACCUCUUUUCUUAACCUAUAUCUUGUAUUUGUUUCAUCAUUGUUGUAUUUCACUUUAAGAAUAACAAACACAUCACAUGUCAGAAGAACAGAGAGUUUACAGAAAGAACUAAGACCAUAACCUCCCAAAAUGUGUUUGUGUUCUGAAAGUCAGUCGUUAUUGCCUCCCAAGUUCACUGUGUAUUAAAGCUGGACACACAGUAAAAAGUUCCUCUAUUUGUUCUGUUAUAUAUCAAUGACAUGUUGUUUUUUCACCAUACAGUAAAGAUGGUGGUCUUAUCUACUGAUCUCAUCACAUGGUGAAAAUUGAUCUGGCUGUAUGUUAAGCAAUCAGAUAAACUUUGGCUGCACCAUGUACUGUAAUGUGUUGAACUUGGCAAUGCACUCACAGUGACUAUGUAUGUUCAACUUUGCAUUCAUUCACAGCAGUAUGACUUGAUUCUUAAGUGUACAUGUAGCUUUGUUCACAAGAUGGAAGUUAAUGCCAGGGGUUUCAAUAGAGUUUGAUAAUGCCGGUAUUAUACAGCAUGCGUGGAUUCAAAGGGUUAGUGUUGAGGAUGAACUUUAUGGUGGAAUUCCCUACAUGACUCAAGGACAAUCAGACAGAGGAUGACACCCAGGAAUUUUUUUAUUCAAUAUCCAGAGAAUGCUUGUUUGGCAAAUAUUUUCUUCUAUUGUUAAAAGGAUUGAUUGGCCAUACAAGCAGCUCUGUCCUUAGCGUGAUACAAGCACAGAUUCACUUGGGAUCCCCGAGAUGGCAGAAUGCGUUUUUCAAUAAUGCUUAUAAAUGCUUUUAUAUCCGGUGGUCAUCCCUGUUUUCCUUCAGUUGUGAUGGUGAGUCUUCCUCUGCGGGCAGAUGGGCAGAUAAAAAAAAUAGGUAGGGGUUGGGGUUCUUACAUUUGAUUACCCAGUGUAGCAUCUUGGGCAUGAGAAAAUGUAGGCUGUAUCCUAAAAAAUUACUACACAAUAGAGGGAUCAUAGUUCCUCCUCUCCCCCUCUAUCCUGAACAGUAGGAAAAUACAUAAAGAAAAAUAUAGGAGGAAUUAGGUGAAAAUAUUGAAAAACGUGCUGCUGUCAACAAAUUGUUAGCAUUUCUUUAUUCCCAAAUUUCUUUCAGAGUUAUUUUACUACAUACUCCCUUAAAAAUGUAAUAGUUUUAAAUUUUUAUUGAAUAACGGUCCAUUUUUGUUUGUAACUUUACUUUUUCCUUACAAGAAUUAUUUGUAUUAUUUUUAAAGAGAAAAUUGGAAUGCACACUACAAAACUAGUCUGAAGUUUUGUAUUGAAAUGUGCAUUUUGGUGAAUAAAUGUCACUGACUUUGUGUAGAAAAUUAAUUUAAAAAUAGAAGAUAAUUCUUGAUGUAACAAAAUAUUUUAAUUGAAUUUAUAUUGUAACUUACACAAUUUAAAUCCUUCCCAUUGUUCCACGGUAUAGUACAUACGUAUAUUGCAAAUGUGAAACCUCUGGUAGAUGGUGUAGCUGGCUGGCCUGAAUUCCAUGAAGCCAACCAAUCCUAGUUGAUUUCAGAGCUGCUGAAAUGCAUGCCUUGUUGUCCUAAUAGUAAAAAAAAAAAGUAUGCUAGGGUUAUGAAUAGAAUGUUAUGUUUUGUAAUAGUUCAUUGGUACAGCAUGUGCAACAAGCAUCAAAAAUUCUGAACUGGAUUCCAGAGGAGCCUCUCUGCGUAUUCAAGCAUCAGCCACACAUAGCAGAUUUCCAGAUUUGGCAGCAUCCCUCUGCAUCUGAUGACUUGGAUCCAAUGAAACGUUGGAAGCAGUUUUCUUGCCUCUCCACUCCCACUGCAGCCUAAAAUACUCUGCAAAAUGUAGCUUCCUAGGAAUAACAUUUCAGGGAGCAUUUCAGACUGCAGCAGGAGGGGGUGGGUAGAAAUCCUCCAUUCAGUCCAAGCCAAUGCAUACAACCUUUGCAGAGCAUGGCGUGAGGGAUGCUCAGAGAUAUUAUUGAAUGAGAAGCUGAAAAGCUUCUCUCUGAGUCGUAUACUUGACCCAUGUCCCCCUGGACCCUUGUCUAUAUUUACUUAUACAAAAAUAUAGACCCAGCCUACUUCAAUAAACACCAUCAAAAGCAAUUAUUACGUUUCUUUUUAAGUGUUCUCCAGCAUUUUAUAGUUUGAGAGUACAAUGCAGUUUGGUAACUCAGGCAUUAUCAGUGGAUUCUCUCUAGCAGAUCCAAAGCUGCAGUGUCGAAAAGCAAUAACCAACUACCUAGACUACACUGUAAUUCAGUUUUAGUGCUCGUUAACAAACAUUUAUGUAACAAACCAUAAAUUAUGCCUAGAUGACUGUAAUUUUUGCAAAUGCUGUUUUGAGCAAUUGAUGUGGAAUUGGGUGCAUGUUGACAUAGUAUGGCAAAGUGUUUUGCCAUACUUUUGACAAUAAACAAUCUGAAUAUAA